GGGGGGGGGGGCCGCCGACAUGGAGCCCGAGACGCUGGAGGCGCGCAUCAACAAAGCCACAAACCCCCUGAACAAGGACCUGGACUGGGAUGGUAUCAAUGCGUUCUGUGAACAGCUCAAUAAGGAGCUAGAGGGUCCUCCACUUGCCACCCGGCUUCUUGCCCACAAGAUCCAGUCUCCACAGGAAUGGGAAGCUAUCCAGGCCCUCACGGUGCUGGAGUCCUGCAUGAAGAGCUGUGGCAAACGCUUCCACGAUGAGGUGGGCAAGUUCCGCUUCCUCAAUGAGCUCAUCAAGGUGGUGUCCCCUAAGUAUCUUGGCAGUCGGACGUCUGAAAAAGUGAAGUCAAAGAUCCUGGAGCUGAUGUACAGCUGGACAUUAGGGCUGCCUCAUGAGGUGAAGAUAUCAGAAGCCUACCAGAUGCUGAAGAAGCAAGGGAUUGUGAAAUGUGACCCAAAACUUCCAGAUGAUGCUCCUUUCCCACCACCUCCUCCUCGACCCAAGAACAUCAUCUUUGAUGAUGAAGAAAAAUCCAAGACACUGGCUCGCCUCCUGAAGAGUUCCCACCCUGAGGAUCUCCGGGCUGCCAACAAGCUCAUCAAGGAGAUGGUUCAGGAGGACCAAAAGCGCAUGGAGAAGAUCUCCAAGAGGGUGAAUGCCAUUGAGGAGGUGAACAACAAUGUGAAGCUGCUGACAGAGAUGGUGACAAACUACAGCAAGGGGGAGACAACAGAAAGCAAUGAGGACCUAAUGAAGGAGCUGUAUCAACGCUGUGAGCGCAUGAGGCCCAUGCUCUUCCGGCUGGCCAGUGACACAGAAGACAAUGAUGAAGCUCUAGCGGAGAUUCUGCAGGCCAAUGACAAUCUGACCCAGGUGAUCAAUCUCUACAAGCAGCUUGUACGGGGAGAAGAGAUCAAUGGGGAGACGGUGGCCAGUCCCCUUCGAGGCAGCACCUCAGCACUUCUAGAUCUGUCUGGCCUGGAGCUUCCAGCAACAUGCCCUUCCUACCCAGCCUUGCCCACGCUUUCAGGUGGCUCAGCAGUCCCCGUGCCUGACCAAGCUGGCUCUGUCUCUUUGCUGGAUGAUGAACUCAUGUCUUUAGGCCUGAAUGACCCAGCACCACAUUCUGUCCAGGCCAGUGACAGCAGUGGCUGGAACAGCUUCCAGUCAUCAGACAGCAAUGAGCUCAGUAUCACCCCUAUCAUGGCAACACCACCAGUUAAAGCAGAUGCUGGUGCAUCCUCCCCCAAACCAUCUCCUAGCAGCAGUGGCCUGGAUGACCUGGACCUCCUGGGCAAGACACUGCUGCAGCAGUCUUUGCCUCCAGAAUCUCAACAAGUGCGAUGGGAGAAGCAGCAGCCACCCCCUCGGCUCACCCUGAGGGAUCUGCAGAACAGGAGCAGCUCUGGCACCACAGCCCACAAUCCCAGUGCUCCGCCUGUGCUCCAGAGUAUUUCCCCUAACCCCACGCUGCCCCUGACCUCAGAGCUGCCUGCCCCUGCUACACUUCUAAAAGCUGCCACCACACCAGCAGGAAGUACUGCAGUCCCACCACAGCCUCCUGCCACUGUGCUGCCCCAGGAGAUCUCGCUGGCCAACAUCACUGUGCCUCUGGAGUCAAUCAAACCCAGCAGCAUCCUCCCGGUGACAGUGUAUGAUCAGCAUGGCUUCCGUGUCCUCUUCCACUUUGCUAAGGAUGCCCUGCCUGAGAGGCCUGAUGUGCUUGUGGUGGUGAUUUCUAUGCUUAGCACGGCCCCGCAGCCCAUCCGCAAUAUUGUCUUUCAGUCUGCUGUCCCCAAGAUAAUGAAGGUGAAGUUACAGCCUCCCUCAGGCACAGAGCUGCCAGCAUUCAAUCCCAUCGUCCACCCCAGUGCCAUCACCCAAGUCCUGCUGCUCGCUAACCCACAGAAGGAGAAAGUGAGGCUACGGUACAAACUGACCUUCACCAUGGGAGAGCAAACCUACAAUGAAAUUGGGGAUGUGGACCAGUUUCCCCCACCAGAAUCCUGGGGAAACCUCUAGGGCCACAUGUUGCAGGCACUACACUUCAGAUUCCUUAGGAAGCCAGCCCUGUGGGGCUGGAGCAGCCAGAGGAAAUGGGAGGG